AUGACGCUUCGCUUGCCCACCAGUCACCUCUUGCUGUGCGGCCCGGUUCCUAACAGGCCACGGACUGCCACCAGUCUGCCACCCCCGGGGGUUGGGGACCCCUGCUCUAAUGGAUACCAGCUAUCACCAGUCAGUCCAAUGGUGAUUAUAAACCUGUGUUCUUCAGGUGCAAUUGACAGUAUGCCAAUUAUAGUGACUCGGCCGAACCCCGAGGAGUCCCAGGACAUCAAAGCUCUUCAGAAAGACCUCGAACAGUUUGCCAAGCUCCUAAAGCAGAAGAGGAUCCCCCUGGGAUAUACCCGGGCCGAUGUGGGGCUCAUCCUGGGGGUUCUCUUUGGGAAGGUGUUCAGCCAAGCAACCAUCUGCCGUUUAGAGGCUUUGCAGCUCAGUUUCGAGAACAUGUGUAAGCUGCGGCCCCUGCUGCAGAAGUGUGUGGAGGAAGCUGAAAACAGCGAGAAUCUGCAGGAGAUACGCAAGGCAGAGACCGUCAUGCAGGCCCGGAAGAGAAAGCAGACGAGUAUUGAGAACCGAGCGAGAGGCGACCUGGAGAGCAUGUUCCUGCAGUGCCCAAAGCCCAUCCUGCAGCAGGUCAGCCACAAGGCUCCGCAGCUCGGGCUUGAGAAGGAUGUGGUCCGAGUGUGGUUCUGCAACCGUCGCCAGAAGGGCAAACGAUCAAGCAGUGACUCUUCGCAGCGAGAGGAUUUUGAGGCUGCUGGGUCUCCUUUCUCAGGGGGACCAGUAUCCUUUCCUCUGGCUCCAGGGCCCCAUUUUGGUACCCCAGGCUAUGGGGGUCCUCAUUUCACUACACUGUACUCCUCAGUCCCAUUUCCUGAGGCUGAGGCCUUUCCCUCGGUGUCUGUCACCACUCUGGGCUCCCCGAUGCAUUCCAACGGAGGUGUCUGCCCUUCCCAGGAAUGGGGAGAGAGGAAGGGGGACAGCUAG